AUGACAUUUCUGUGUGCCGGGCCAGAGAUCGGAGGCCGAGACCCCUGCCAGGGGGACUCGGGGGGCCCUCUGACUAAACUGCGAGCGGCUGAUGAGCAGAAGGAGGGAACACCGUCAUCAGGGCUGUGCGGCGUGAGAGAUGGACGCGUCACCGGCCGCGAGGGGCUGCUCAGAAACCCCGCCCUCCCUGGCGAUCGCUACGACAACAACCAGUUGUGUGUGUGGAGUAUCAGUGUUCCUCCAGGUAACAGCGUUCUACUGGAAUUUGACCACUUUGAUCUGGAAAGUGACCCUUUCUGUCGCUACGACCGACUCACCGUGUCAGUCGGCACUCAGAGGCCAGUUGGGGUUUUCUGUGGAGGGGUCCUUCCCGGCCCGGUGCUGCUGAAGAAUUCCCAGCAUGCAACACUUGACUUCUCCACCGAUGUUGACCGAGCAGGGAGCGGCUUCGCCAUCCGGCACCGUGCCGUCCAGGGAAACUCCAGUCUGGGAUGCGGAACCGUCGUGCUCGUUGACGAUCUGACCCCCGUCCACAGUCCAAACUACCCACGGUGCUACGGCGAAGACUGUGUCCUCCGCUGGGUUGUCCACGCUCCACAGGGACACGUGGUUAAGGUGACGCAAUCAAAGCUAAAAAGGCAGCGUUUCCCUCAGGCGCUCGGGGCUGAUUCCGCUGUUGUGCUCCAGCUGGAGUUUUCUGAUUUCGACCUGGAGGAGUCGGACGGAUGCCUGUACGACUCCCUCACUGUCCUGGGAGAUGUGGAGGGGGCCGAGGAGAUUGUGGUGCUGUGUGGUGGAGAUGUUCCUCCUCCCGUCCUCUCCUACCACAGCGUCAUGGUGCUUCACUUCACCUCAGACGGCAGCGUCACGCACCGGGGCUUCAGCGCGACGCUGACGUUCAUCAGCAACGCAGACCUUCAGCGACCCAGAGGGGGGGGGGAGGUCACACAGACCAGCGCACACGGCACACGCUCGCAGUAGCAACAGCUCCCAAUGGCAAACAUCGGGUUACUCCAAAUCUGAGUAGAUGAAGGACGCGUUGCCGCUUCUCUCCCCGACUCCCUGCACACACAUAAGAACGGCACGAGCAUGAGGGGAAAUGUGAAGCAAGAAAUGCAUUUAUACCAACAUGAUCACGCAUGGUUCGUUUCACUACAGCAUGAUGAUGAAUUAAUAGCGAGGAAGGCCAAUAAUUUGCUUGUUAAGUUCACUUACGCAGAACUGCCCUGGGAAACUUCUGCCAGCGAAGCAGUUGCAAUUAGGACGUUAAGUUGCUCAAAAAGUUCAUGCAAAUAUUAAUGAUGGAGAGCAGGUGGACACUUUCCAUGUGGUUGAGUUUUCUGCUAGUGUUAAAAAUUCAUGCAACUUGCUUAAAAAGCAGUGCGGGGCCACCCUGAGCAGCUCUAGCGUAACAAUCAAAUGAAGUUACAUGAAUAUAGUACAAAGUAUUUAUUGGAAAUGAUGGAAUUAGACCAGGAUUUUGACAAAUUGUGUGUUGUUAAUGUGGUUAUUCUCUACAACUGGGAGUUUCAUUUCUGCUGCAUGCUCUGGCAGCAGCACUCCGUGUCCUUCUGGAGACCUUCUGGAGACCUUCUGGAGACCUUCUGGCCUCUGCGGUCCAACGUCGAACACUGACUCUCCACAGAACGGAGGCCUGGUUCAUUUGACAAUCCUACUUCCUGUAUCAUCUCUUACAUUUACGAGCCGCCCCGAGACGUCUCCGUGGCAGCGGCUAGGGAGCCGUGCCUUGCUCGUGGGCACGUUGACGGGAAGUGUCGACGACGAGCUUGUGGCGGCAUACCGGUAGACUGUGUGUCACAACAUCAGUGGACAUCCUGAGACAUGUGACGUACUUCUGCUUCUCCGUGCACUCUGGGACAUGAAGGAAAUCUCGCUGGGGUUCAAAGGUAACAAUUUCCCUACAAAUGAUGACACACAGAUGUGGACGUGGUGACGCCUUUGUCUCAUUUCCAGUAGUGCCGUCCAAAUGUGUAACAAGAGGGACGAUGCAUCUGUUGCCGGUUUGUUUGGAGAUGAUGGCGGUGUUCCAUUCACGAUGCCCUUUGUUGCAGUAGUCCCAGAUGUGCAGCCGUCCGGCGGCAGAGAGCCCCGAUGUGGACCAUAAUAUCAGAGGAUCCCAGAAUGCAUUUUUACACAGGGGCUCACGUGAUGAAAACUACAGCAAAGAAUCACCAGGGGCAACUUUUCAUUUUGUUUUCUACUCUAUAGGAAAUGAUGUUAGCACGCUACCAUCCAAGCAAGCGGCCUCCCCCGUGUGGCCUCACGCGGCCACUAAAAACCUUAUGAGCUGUUCACUCCAUAACCAACCAAAAGCCUCGCUUGCAAUGAGAUGAUUAAUGACGACAAGCUAUAUGAUAAAUGUCAUGAUAUCACUUCAUAGGAGACAUUUUCACACCAUGUUUGUGUAGCGCUCACAAAUGCUUAAUCCGUGGACAUUAUUACUCCAUUAUGAGCUUUCUUUCACGGUAGAAAACGCAAAGAAAUCAUUUAUGUGACGAAUAAAGUUGACAUGUUAUUAUUUUCCAACCAA